GAUUUAUCAAACUAUUAUGUAACUGAUUACAAAAAAUCCUCAAAUAGAUAUCCUCUUGAGGAUUUAUUAAACAAUCCUCAUGAAGAAAAUUAUGAUAAUCCUCUUGAGGAUUUCACAAACAAUCCUCAAAUAGAUAGAU